AUGAACUCCCCUCAGACCUUCCUCAAGUCGAUUGGGCGGUCUCUGGAGACCAAGCUGGAGAUCGAGGAGUGGGAGAAGUUCUGGGAAAUGUCGGGGAGGGACUUGAGAGCGGCGGGUUUGCCUGUGAAGGACCGACGCUACAUUCUCUGGUGCAUGGAGAAGUACAGGCAGGGCGUGUCCCCCAGCGAGAUUGCACACGACCCGAAGCCCAAGAAGACGAUUCGGGGUUGGGGACCGAAGGUGCAGAACGGCAAGCGUAUCCGCUCUCGGCGACUAAAGAACCAGAAGGAGUAA